CUGCCCGCCCUGCGCUCCGCACUCUGUUAAGUUGGGGGCGCGUAACAAUCCCCGUGGCCGCGGGGCUGCGGGCUCGCCUUCCUACCCGCGCGGCUCCCCGACCAUCGCCUCCCGGAGGCCCCGCGCCGGGACCCGUUCGGCCCCCCGCCCCGCUCUCCUUUUCCAGGUCGGGAACAUGCAGCCCGAGGGCGCAGAGAGAUGAGGGCGGGCCGCGGGCAGGGGCUGCGGCCAGGCGUCUUCCCUCCUCUCGUCUCAGCCCGGGGUCGCCCGAGCCCUGUCCAAGGGAAGGGAGCCAGGACUCGCGGGUGAAGAAACUGGCCAGGCAACCGCUGCCCCAGCAGCUUCCGUACAAGAUGGCGCCGCCCACUUGAUCACCCCGGCGGGGAUGACGUCCCCCGAGCCCGUCGCAGGACCGGAAGUGGUUUCGGCCCUAGUGGAUCCGGGUGGGUGCGCGCAGGUGGCUGCGGAGGUUCCAGCUCCUCAGCGUGAGGUGCCGCAGGUGUGCGGGUGGGAUCCGGGCCACAGAUUGUGGGAUUAGUUAUAUGCUUUCCUAAACAGCAGCAAAGUUGAAGAUGUCUAGACACUUGGUGGCUUUGACAGUGACCACUCUUCUUGGUGCGGCAGUGGGGGCAUUUGUCCUGUGGAAAGGCAUCCAGCGCCGGAGGAGUAGGAGCAGCCGUGGAGCCUGGUGGCAGCAGCAGCAGCAGCAGCAGCAGCAGCAGCACCAGCUGCAGCAACACCAGCACCAGCAGCAGCAGCAGCAGCAGCAAGCUCCAAGCAGGAGCGAGCUGCCCCCGCCAGAAGGGGACCAGUUGCCUUCCAGUGCCCCCAGAGCCUCAUGGGAGGAGAGGAUCCUGGAAGCAAAGGUGGUCACUGUGUCUCAGGAGGCAGAGUGGGAUCAAGUUGAACCCUUGCUUAGGAGUGGGUUAGAAGAUAUUCCAGUACUUGGAAUCGACUGUGAGUGGGUGAAUUUGGAAGGGAAAGCCAAUCCUCUGUCGCUUCUUCAAAUGGCCUCCCCAAGUGGCUUCUGUGUCUUGGUUCGCUUGCCCAAGCUGAUCUGUGGAGGAAAAACACUACCAAAAACAUUAUUGAACAUGUUGGCAGAUGGCACUAUUUUAAAAGUUGGAGUAGGAUGUUCGGAAGAUGCCAGCAAGCUUCUGCAGGAUUAUGGCCUCUUUGUUAAGGGGUGCCUGGACCUCCGAUACCUAGUCAUGAGGCAGAGGAACAAUUUGCUCUGUAAUGGGCUUAGCCUGAAAUCACUUGCUGAGACUGUUUUGAACUUUCCCCUUGACAAGUCCCUUGUACUUCGUUGCAGCAACUGGGAUGCUGAGAAUCUUACGGAGGACCAGGUAAUUUAUGCUGCCAGGGAUGCCCAGAUUUCAGUGGCUCUCUUUCUCCAUCUUCUUGGAUACCCUUUCUCUAGGAAUCCAACUUUAGAAGAAAAUGAUGACCUCAUUGGCUGGAGAAAAGUUUUGGAGAAAUGCCAGGAUUUGGUAGACAUCCCAUUCCGAAGCAAAGGAAUUAGCAGAUUGGGAGAAGAGGUUAAUGGGGAAGCAACAGAAUCUCAGCAAAAACCAGGAAAUAAGAAGUCUAAGGUCGAUGUAACGGUGCCAGGCAACCAUCAAGGGAGAGACCCCAGAAAACAUAAAAGAAAGCCCCUGGGGGUGGGCUAUUCUGCCAGAAAAUCACCGCUCUAUGAUAACUGCUUCCUCCAUGCUCCUGACGGACAGCCCCUGUGCACUUGUGAUCGAAGAAAAGCUCAGUGGUACCUGGACAAAGGCAUUGGAGAGCUGGUGAGUGAAGAGCCUUUUGUGGUCAAGCUACAGUUUGAACCUGCGGGAAGACCUGAAUCCCCAGGAGACUACUACUUGAUGGUUAAAGAGAACCUGUGUGUAGUGUGUGGCAAGAAAGACUCCUACAUUCGGAAGAACGUGGUCCCACACGAGUACCGGAAGCACUUCCCCAUCGAGAUGAAGGACCACAACUCCCACGACGUGUUGCUGCUCUGCACCUCCUGCCAUGCCAUCUCCAACUACUAUGACAACCACUUGAAGCAGCAGCUGGCCAAGGAGUUCCAGGCCCCCAUUGGCUCUGAGGAGGGCUUGCGCCUGCUGGAGGACCCAGAGCGCCGGCAGAUGCGCUCUGGGGCCAGGGCCCUGCUCAACGCCGAGAGCCUGCCUGCUCAUCGAAAGGAGGAGCUGCUGCAAGCUCUCAGAGAGUUCUAUAGCACAGACACGGUCACAGAUGAGAUGCUUCAAGAGGCUGCCAGCCUGGAGACCAGGAUUUCCAAUGAAAACUACAUUCCUCAUGGGCUGAAGGUGGUGCAGUGCCAUAGCCGGGGUGGGCUGCGCUCCCUCAUGCAGCUGGAGAGCCGCUGGCGUCAGCACUUCCUGGACUCCAUGCAGCCCAAGCACCUGCCCCAGCAGUGGUCAGUGGACCACAACCAUCAGAAGCUGCUCCAGAAAUACGGGGAAGACCUUCCCAUCAAGCUGUCGUGAUAGCGGCUUUCCUCCCAGGUGAGGACAGCUGGGGAGCUGGAGCCAAGGUGGAACCGUCACCUCUUCCCGUUUUAAUACGUUGUUAAUUGUCAAAGCCUGUGACACAACUCUGAAUACUAACCCAUACCGAUCCCAGAAUGCUUCUGGUGGAUGGAGCAUGGCUCUUGUUUUAAGGGGAGCUUAUGGUUUUAAAUUUUAGUUGGGCAGAAUGAAAAUUCUAUUUUUCCCCUCCAUUUUAUUUUAUUUUUGUGGACAAGGAGGGUCUUGGAUUUAUUUUACUCUUCCUCUUCUGCUUUCCCUGUGCAGAUGGGAAAUGAAGGAUUCUCCCUGAAGUGACUUGUCAGGACUCUCAGGUUUUUUAAUACAUUUCUUCCCUGUUCAGUAUAUUGAGUUAUCUCAAACGGGCUAAGCAUUUCAAUCCCGUCAGGCUAGGAGGGGAGAAAAAGUUCUUCGGGGGGUUGGAGAGGCGAUCAAGGGUUCAGAUGAAUUUUCCCAAUUCAGCCUCAUAAUUACACAUUCUUUGGCUUAUGCUCUCCCACAAUGCAUCUGUUUGGGAUCCAUUGCCAACUGAAUCACUUCAGUUGAUUUCACACACUUGAGCUUGCUCCCCUCGACAUGUCAAGGACCAAAGCGACAAUGUCCUUACCUUGCUUCCACACUAACACUAGAGGGAGUCGUUUUCUAGAAACAGGCCUCCCACCAGGUGUGGCAGAGAGAAGCCUCAGCACCAUCUCCCCAGGGAACUUUGAUAAGUUGCUGUGCUUUUCCUCUCAUGCUGUUCAUUGUCUGCUGGUUACCAUCCUCCUGCCCAUAACUGCAAGGCUUUUAGCUUAAUCCCUUCCUGGGCGGAAGAUGAUCUUUUCUCAGAAUCAGUAUCUGGUCCCUCCAGAGUUCUGUUUCCAUCAAUUUGCAGUACUGACCUCUUUCCAGCACUUAAUUGUCUCCUGGAGACAAUUGGUUGCAGUGAGGAUCUCUCCACCUCCCCCCAUGCCUGGAACACUGAGAUUAACUUAUGUGUUUAGAUUUUAAAAUAGUGGUGUUUUUUUCUUUCAAAAUGUGAGGUCACCACUUUAAGCAUGAAAUCAACUUGGGAAUUGUGCCCAAGUUGGUGAUGGUUGCUCUGAUAAAUAAAACUUCUAAGCACAAAACUUACGGACUGUAACUGUAAAACUUUUUUCUUCAUAACUUUAUAAAGUUGGUAAACAUUCUUGGGGGAAGAGAUAGUCGUCCAUGUGGAAGUACCAUCGUAUGUGGGCAUGGAUGGAUACACACACACACACAGUGCAGCUUUGGCAGGUCAACAGCAACCCACAGACACACAUGCACAUCUUACAUGUUGUUCCUCUGCCCCUUCAUUCCAACUUGUCCUCAAAAAGGCAUUUCUGGGAUCUAAGCUAGAAAUCCUUAAAAAUGAAUAGUACCAGGCACUGUGGGGACCAUAUGUUCAAUGCCUUAGGUCAUUAUGGGGCCUGUGUCUCAGACCAUAUUGCAUGAAGCUCAUGGAGACGGACAAGUGGUCAUGCAGUAGUCAGACUUGCCACAAGGUGGCACUCAAAGAUUUUGUUAUAUAUUCCUUCUUGAGAAGAGACUUUUAUACAUGGUUCCUGAACACAACUCAAGAUUUAUGUUUCAAAAUGUAUGGACCUUAGCCCUAGUCGGUUUGGCUCAGUGGAUAGAGUGUCGGCCUGCGGACUGAAGGGUCCUGGGUUCGAUCCCGGUCAAUGGCACAUGCCCAGGUUGUGGGCUCAAUUCCCAGUAGGGAGGCAUGCAGGAGGCAGCAGAUCAGUGAUUCCCUCUCAUCAUUGAUGUUUAUCUCUCUCUCCCUCUCCCUUCCUCUCUGAAAUCAAUAAAAAUAGAUUUUAAAAAAUGCAUGUACCUUAUUUGGGGUCAUUUUGAUAGCUUUAUAAGAAAAACUUCCUCUGAAACAGGGAUUAGGACUCUUGCGUUUUCUUCCCUUGUGAUCCUCAUGCUCAGAGGUAAGAGACUCGUACAGGUCAAUUAAGGUACAGGCCAAUUACCGUAAGGUGCAGUGGUUGCUGUGAGAAGAAGAAAUGAGGUCCCCAGCAGAGCUUCCUGCAAAGCCCAGUAACAGAGCCAGCAGCCAUGGUAGAGGAGGAAGCUAGACUGUGGCACACGAGGUGUCUCAUCCUUUUCAGAAGUUACUGUGUACAUUUGAGUCUUUUGUUCACUGAGUCAACUUUGGACUUUACUUUUAAAGAUUUUUAGAGAGAGAGGAAUGGAAAGAGAGAGAAAGAAACAUUGAUCGACUGCCUCCUGCACACCCCCCACCAGGGAUCAAGCCUACAGCCCAGGCAUGUGCCCUGCCUGGGAAUUGAACCUGCAACCCUUCUGUCCAUGGGAAGAUGCCCAACCAGCUGAGCCACACUGGCCAGGGAUAGUCAGCCUUGGACUUUAGCAGCCUUUCCCUAAGGCUGACAAUUGCUAUUUUAAAUGAGAUGUUUUAAAUGAGAUAUUUUAGAAUAGGCAUACCAUAAAUACUUACUGUUUUUUUCUGAUACAAAAGUAAUGUUUGUUUAUUAUAGAUGAGUCUGAAAAAAGAAUAAAAAUAAUCCAUCUUACCUCCAUCUGGAACAGAGCUAACCUUUGCUGAUAUAUUUAUGAGUUUCCUUUUGGUAUAUAAAAAUGCAUGUAAUAUAUGUAUUUAAACCAAGUUGAGAGUCAUACAUAUAUACAGCUGGGUAUCCUAUUCCCCCCCCCCCCUCACUUAACAUGGUAUCACAAGUAACUAAUUUCCUGUAUCUUUCAAUAUUGGAAAGUAGAUCUCUCGUGGUUCUACCUGACUUUAGCUAUCCAUUCCCAUACUUAAAAAUUUUGGUUAUUUCAGGUUCUUUGUUAGUUAAUAUCAGUGACGCUGUGGUGAACUUUCUUAUGUAUAAAUCUUUGCCUAUGUCUUUAAUAAUUUCAUUAGAAUAGAACCCUAGAGAUUGGAUCGUGAGGAGGGGACUCACAUUGCUGGUGUGAGUACAAGUUGAAAGCAUCUCUAGGGAUGUGUAUUAAGGGACUGCUUCUCUUUGACCCUGUGGCUCAUGUUCCAGUGCAUUUGCGGAGCUUCUCUGUGAGUAGCGGUCAGAGGACAGUUCCCAGCAAGGGCCUCUCUGCAUGUUCCGGUCAGAGUCCUUUCUCUGCUUCCCUCUGUGUCCUGCUCUCCAUCACCUCAUUUGCCCUUUGCAGUCAAUGGUUUUUGGAAAAACUGCUUGUUUGAAAAUAAAAAUGUAAAAAUAAAAUGAAAGUUUUUAUUUUAAAAUAAAACAGAUUUUUUUUUUUCUGCUAGA